AUGGCAUUUGAAAAAAUAUAUGAAUACGUAGAUAAAGAUACAUUUCAGAAAUAUUUUAGAUUAACAAUAGUAAUAUGUGCAUAUUUAAUUUUCAGAAAGUAUUAUUCACAAUGGGCUUCCAAAAAGCAAAAUGAAAAUCAAUUAAAACAAGAUGAACAAGAAAAAUUAGAAAAACCUGCAAAAGAAGCAAAAGCUCAAGAAGAAAUUGCUGAAAAUUUAGAAAAAGAAGCUAAUGAAUUUGGUUGGGGUAAAAAGACUAGAAAAAAUGUUAAAAUCACUGAAGCUGUAUUAGAACAAAUCGCUACUGAAACAAGACAAAGACAUCAAACUGCUUAUAAUGCACAAGAAGAUCAUGAUAUUGAAGAUUUAUUAGAAGAUUGA